AUGGGAAAGAAAUCCAAAAACAAAACCCAAUUGUCAGAGCAGCACCUGUCAGUAAACGGACAAAAAGGCGGCAAGAAAAAUGAUUUGCCCCCCACGCCACCUCCCGACACUGAAAACAAGGAUCUAAAGCCUGAAGAACCUCCAAACAAGCCGAAGACGGUAACUGGCGGAGGAAGCGCCACCGAAAGAGGAAAGAAAAAGAGCGCAAAGUCCAACAAAAAGAAGUCAAAAGGCACAAUUUCCAAGCUCUUAGGUCAAAUCACGCUAAAGCGUCUCUUCUUCGCGUACGUUUUCUACGUUGUCCUCGUCUGCUCUGAUAUCACGCCUAGCGAACUCGAAUCAUCACCGGCAAACCAAUUUAUUUGCACGAAUGGUUUAUCUCGAUAUAUUCUCAAGAACGACCUUUUCAAAAAAUACAUCGAGCCAUCUAUUACUCUCGCGAAAGUGUCAGUCGAAGAACAGGUCCAGCCUUUGUAUGAGACUCACGGAAAGCCUGUAUACGCAGCCAUUGAACCGUAUUGGCAAUCAGCAUACUCGUACUAUGUGGAGUAUGUCAAGAUCCCAGCCACUCUUCUGUGGCGCGAUGUAAAGAAAUUCUACAACAACAAUGCCAAGGAACAUGUAGACAAAUACUAUGGUCAGCUCAGUCAUGCUAUCGGUCCAUAUGCAGCUCAAGGGAAGAAACAAGUCGUUAUUGUCUAUGACGCAGGUGUAUUAAAAUACAAGACUGUCAUACUGCCAUGGUAUAAGAAAAACGUGUCUCCAGUGUGGGCAAAAGGAUGGGAUAAAUCGACAGAAUUCUAUUAUACCACCGCAAGACCAACAGCAGUCGACGGUUGGGAAAAAACUAAACAGUAUUAUAGCGAGGUCGCCGUUCCAGCUUACUUGAAACAUGUACAUCCCCACAUAAUUGCUGUGAUUGACUUUAUCAAGGAGAAAUACGAAAUUCUGUUCGAAGACCCGGCCGAGCGCAAGGCAAAAGAAGAAGCCGAGCGCAGAGCGAAAGAAGAGGCUGAACGCAAAAUAAAAGAAGAGGCUGAGCGUCAAGCCCGAGCCAAGAAAGAGGCCGAGCGCAGAGCGAAAGAAGAGGCUGAACGCAAAAUAAGAGAGGCCGAGCGAAAGGCUAAGGAAGAAGCCGAACGUAAAGCCAAGGAAGAGGCCGAGCGUAAAGCCAGAGAAGAAGCCGAGCGUAAAGCCAAGGAAGAGGCUGAGCGAAAGGCUAAGCAAGAAGCUAACGCAGCUCUCGACAUUGCCGCCAAGUCUGAACUUGAGCGAUAUCAAGAUACCGCAAGCCUGUCUAUUUUAGAUUUCAAGACCGAAAUCGAAAAUUUAGCUAAAGCUCGAAUGGGUGAAAUAGCAACAGAAAUUACCAACCUUCAGUCGUUUGCAGACAAUCAAGUAUCCAGCAUAAAGACACAUACCGAUAAACUUCUUGCCGAUCCAACCAAAAACGUGACUGAUAAAACACACGCUCUUAAUGUUGCUCUCAAAGAAAUUAUGGAUUCCUUAAAGACGAAAUCAAAAGAGAUCAAAAAGAAAUCCAAAGAAGCCAUAGAGAAUGUCCGCUCAGAGAUAAAUAUCAAACGUGAGGCUGAAGAGUUGAAUGUGGAGAAUCAGUCGAGCGAAGUCAACUUCAAUUUGGACACACUUGUCAAAAAAUAUCCCAAAGCCAACCCAAAUAGGCUAUCCCAAACCAGAAGCCAGGUAGAGGCAGAUGUUGCGCAAAGUAAAAAAUCUAUUGGUAUAAUAACCGAUAAGGUCUUAGACAAGCUUGGCGAGACUAAAAUCCAAGAGAUAACAAGCGUUACCACUGACGCACUCGAACGAAUCAAAAGUGCUCGUGCGUUAUCGGACAAGGCUUUCCAACAGCAACACGAAGAAUUAGUAAAGCUUCAAUUCGAAGCUGAACUCGCCGAACAGGUUGAGGCGGCUGUUAGGGAAAAGCAGGAUGUUGCGGGUAAAUCUGCCGAUGCAACAACGAAGGAAGCUGACGGCAAAGAUAAAAUAGCCAAGUCGGAAAAACCAGCAAGCGAUGCAGGAAAUGUGAAGAUAGUGGAUGAAGCGGAUGAAGAUGAGGCUGUAUUUGAAAAGCUAAUGGCCGGAUACCCCGCUUAA